CUGAAUGUAUAAAUCCGCGGUCACACUGACGCCAACGCCAUUUACGUUUUGGAAACCUUUUUUUGUCCAAAGAAUUCGAAUAAUAAGCCCAAUAAAACAGUGCAAAUAUGUUGGCACUCAUAAACAGAAUCCUGGACUGGUUCAAGAGCAUCUUCUGGAAAGAGGAGAUGGAACUGACGCUAGUGGGACUGCAGUUCUCGGGCAAGACAACGUUCGUCAAUGUUAUUGCAUCCGGCCAAUUUGCUGAGGAUAUGAUACCCACAGUUGGCUUUAACAUGCGAAAAAUAACCCGAGGCAAUGUAACCAUCAAGGUCUGGGAUAUUGGCGGCCAGCCCCGUUUUCGUUCCAUGUGGGAACGGUAUUGUCGCGGCGUCAAUGCGAUUGUCUAUAUGGUGGAUGCGGCUGAUCUGGAUAAGCUGGAGGCCUCGAGGAACGAGCUGCACUCGCUGUUGGACAAGCCGCAGCUGGUCGGCAUUCCAGUGCUCGUGUUGGGCAACAAACGUGAUCUUCCAGGAGCGCUCGACGAGACUGGCCUCAUCGAGCGAAUGAAUCUAUCGAGCAUACAGGACCGUGAAAUUUGCUGUUACAGUAUUUCGUGUAAGGAAAAGGACAACAUUGACAUAACGCUGCAGUGGUUAAUUCAACAUUCGAAAAGCCAAAGUCGUUAGAUAAUUAACUAACAACCCACACAAAUCUACACAAAUACAUCAUACACUCACACACACAAAAACAUAGGCACUGUAUCUCUCACACAGAACAACUAUAUAUAUAUAUGUACGAAAAACCUAUAUAUUAAUGAUUUGCAGAGUGAUGAUGAGAACGAGAAAUGGUUUGGAGUAGUGAAUCGAUUGAGAAUGUUUCCAAAAUGCAAAACAAAUCUAAACUUACACCCCACACACAGUAAUAACUAUGCCUUGAUGAUCUGUUUUUGUACGAAUGUCCGCAUAUAUGUAUGUAUGUUUUUGUAAUUGUCAUGCUUACACUGUGUUUUCCCUGUAGGAAUUCUAGGGUGUAGAGUCGCGGCAGUGUUUCGGUGCUUUGUUUGUCUCGAAGCGUUUCGCAAAUCGAAUAAAUGCUUUAUCGACAUCUGUGUAAAUCGUUAGUACUGUUAGUUAGUCCAUGCAAACACGUAAACAAGCAACACACACACACACACAAGCAUAAACUAUGCACUUCAUGCUGGCUUGAUCGAGCAACUCUCCAAUCCCCUCAAUCGCCAUGUCCCCCUUGUCCCCUGUUCAUGGCGUCUCUUCUGAUUUCGUUGUCUGUGUUCGCGUUUAGUUAGAGUUAUGUUUUAGCGUUUAUUGGUGUGAUCAUAUAUGAAUAUUAUUAUUUUUUUAUAAUUUUUUUAUAAAAAAUAUAUUUACAUUUCGCUUAUUAUUUAUGAAUUGAAUUCUUGCUUAGCGAAAACAAACAAAAGGAACACUACAACUGAAACAAAUAGUAAAAAAAAAUUAACAGAAUAAACUAAAAAUUAUUAUUAAAGCGUUUUAAACUAAAUAUAAAACUUAUAUGUACGUGAAAUCAACUAAAGUAUGGAAAAGUCAUAGUUAAAGAAAUUCGAAUGCUGU